AUGAAGGCAUACAUUCAAUUCCUCGGCCAUUCUUCACCCGAAGGACCCCCCACCAUUAUGGUCCACUACGAUUCCCAGCGCUACAUGUUCAAUUGUCGAGAAGGAACACAACGUUUAUGCGUCGAGGAAAAGGUCAAAUGGGCCAAACUCAAGGACAUUUACAUGACACGGGUUACAUGGGAUUGCGUUGGAGGUCUACCAGGCAUGUUGCUGACUGUGGCUGAUGGUGGUGUCAAGGACCUGACGAUUCAUGGCCCAAAGAACCUUACCCAUUUCAUGGCAUCCACGCGACAUUUCAUUUACCGGUCAUCCCUUUCAGUACAGACCGAGGAAUAUGGUGAAGCAUCUCCACCCAAACACAAGGGUCCAUUAACAGUAACACCGAUCGUGAUUCUUCCUGACGACUACAUGAAGCCUGGUAUCAAACGACGACGUUCUGAAGCUGCCGAUGACGAGGUUGCUAUCACUACUGAGGAACAGGAUUUGGCUGCACGACGUGACAUCCUCAACAGCAUGUUUGAACUUCCAAGCAACAACAACAGCAACAACAAUAACAACAACAACAAUAACAACAACAACAAUAACAACAACAACAAUAACAACAACAACAAUAACAACAACAAAAAGAACAAAAAGAAAUCAUCACGACCACCAGCUCAUACUAUCGAAGCACCUUGUUCACCAAGAAACAACCCUGAUGAGAUUGUGAUUGAGGAUACCGAGAUAUCAGCAUCUUCAACUGUACAACAACCACAACGAUCCUUUGAACGUAUCCGCGCUAGAUUGCCUCCCGCCUAUGAAUAUCCUGCCGCCGUUACCUACAUUUGUCGUGGCCCAACGUUGCCUGGUAAAUUCAAAAAGGAUGCUGCAAUGGCAUUGGGCAUCCCACCAGGUCCUAUUUAUGGUCGUUUGCAACGAGGUCAAACAGUGACGCUUGAGGAUGGACGUGUCAUUGAACCAAACCAAGUGAUGGACCCACCUGUUCCAGGCCAUUUGUUUAUGUUGGUGGAUUGUCCUAGCGUUCGCUAUUUGGAUAAUUUGAUAUCAUCGCCCGAGUUUGCACAAUACCAGACAACCGAUAAGCCAGGUGCCAUCAUCCACAUAGUAGGCCAAGAUGUUUUGGAUGACCCACGAUAUCGUGCAUGGAUGAACAAGUUUGGAUCAGACACGCAGCAUGUUAUAAGCACAACCGAUAUAUGCGCCCAAUCCGUGUUGUACGAGUCACAUGCUUUUGGUCAGUUUAAGCUUUCGCAUUUGGAUCAAGAGAUUUUCCCUGUGCCAAAAUACAGCAACACACCUCGUAAAAAGUUGGAGGAUUACACGGACUUGCCGCCCAAAUCUUUUGCAUUUUCCAGCAUGGGACAAUUGAGUUUAGAGCCACGAAUGGGCGUCGAGACCGCCUCCUUGCAGCAACCUGUUUUUGAUCACACUAAACCACGGGCCACCAAUUGGAUUCAAAGGAACCCGGAGGUGAUGGGUGCUAUUGCCAGAGCCAAACGAGAGGCAGCUGCUGUGGAUAUCAGUGAAAAGUUUGCCGGCGAGGAUGUUCAAGUGAUUACAUUGGGCACUGGUAGCUCUAUUCCUUCCAAAUACCGAAACGUGAGCGCGACUAUGGUCAAGUUACCUGGCGAUCAAGGAUCCAUCAUGUUGGAUGCUGGUGAAGGCACCUAUGGACAAAUGAUGCGACGAUUUGGAGACGACAAGUUGGAUGAUGAAUUGAAGAAUUUGCGGUGUAUCUUUGUGUCACAUCUCCACGCUGAUCAUCAUCUUGGUGUGAUUCAUUUGUUGACUAAAUGGUGGGAGCUCAACAAGGGCAACAAUAAGCGGCUAUAUGUGGUGGCACCUUUUAUCUUCAAACAUUGGUUGAAUGAAUACAGCUGCGUGCAGUCCUUUGGUUUCGGAAAGCAAGUUUUCGCCAUUAGAAACGAGAGUAUCCUCACCAACAAUGCGCCAACGGGAUUUGAUCUUUCAUUAUUCAAGGAGCUGAAAAGGGAUCUAGGCAUGAAGGUGAUGCAAGCGGUGAAUGUGAUCCAUUGCAGAUUUGCAUAUGGUCUGAACAUAGAGCAUGACUCUGGAUGGAAGCUUGUUUACUCAGGUGACACACGACCUUGCGACAAUCUCAUUGAAGCUGGCCAAAACGCGACACUCCUUGUUCAUGAAGCCACGUUGGAAGAUGGUAUGAUGGCAGAGGCUAUUGCCAAGCGACACUCUACGACACAAGAAGCUGUUUCUGUUGGUCAGCGCAUGAAUGCAAAGUACACGCUCCUCAACCAUUUCAGCCAACGCUAUCCAAAGCUCCCUCUCCUUUCCAAAGAGCAACAAAACGUGUGUUUCAGCUUUGAUAUGAUGUCGGUGGCCAUCAAGCAGAUUCCCAUUUUACCCAAGUUUACGGAUGCCAUUCGAUUAUUGUUCAAGGAGGAAGAGCAAAAGGAAAAUGAUGAGGCGGCAGCAGCAGCAGCAGCAGCAGCAUCAACAACGGGACAUACUCGGAAGUGA